AGCAGCUGAUCGACCAGCAACAGGCUAUAGAAGUACUGCCAACCUCAGAUAAAUAAUCAAACAUAAAGUACAAAUUAACAAUUUUGCAAUUAUUGUCAAAUGUGAGAAAUAUUCCAAAUCGACCGUUACAAGUAAAAUUAUCAAGAAUGUUUGAUCACAAUGAAUAUUAUCGCCAACUCUUCAAUUGAUGCAUUCACUUCUUUUUGUUGCGUUUGCUUUGGUGUGUUGCAUCACUGUAAUUGUUUGCAGAAAGUGUGUGUUUGGUUAUGUUUUGUUUAUAAAAUGGACUGAUAACUGCGUUAUACCUACGGUUACAAGUGUGUUUAAAAAUGUUUCCAGUAGUUAACAAUUUAAACAGUUGAAAACAAUCUAGUCGAUAAAGUUAAUUAGUUUCUAAAGUUUUUGUGAUAAUAGUUAUUCUCGUUACAAUGAAGUAUAGUUAGUAGUUACAGUUUGGUGAUUAUUAUUGAUAACGCCUCUACAGGCUCUCAAGUACUUAAGUGUUUGUUGUACUUGAGAUAAUAGUUUUUCUAUUAUAAGUACAGUAUGAAAUGUUCUGUGUAAAUGGUUUUCUAUUGUAUAAAGUUAUUGUAAGUUAUACUCCAGUCAUUCCUUUUCACAGGUUAAUAAUCCAAAACAGUUUUUAUACCUGUGCUACGUAAUGCUAUUUUGCGAAUUUAUGUAUGUUUUGUAUAGAUAACAUGGUACCGAAUUUAACUUUGUUAUAUAAUAUAGAAUUACGGCAAUAAUAUGGAUCCAUCAUUUUAUGGUUUACCAACACAAUUUGGGUCUAAAAAACAUCAUGAACAAAGAAAUUUCUAUCCAAGAUAUGGAAAUAACGUUCAGAAAUAUCAAUGCCCUCGGCGUGAACGAAAAACAAGUGAAAAACAGUUUCUAAUUACGUAUCCCCAGAAAAUAUAUCGGCUCACUUCUGAGAAGGAUUCAAAAGCUCUUCCUAGUGCCAAUAAUUUAUUCUGUGAAAAAAAAUGGAUGAUAGCUUAUCACCAGGAAUUGAAAAACGAACUGAACGCAGUGAAGAGCGAGCUGAAUGAUUUCAAUCUGGAAGAAUGGCACAAACACACAAAGUUCACUUAUAAAUCGGCCAAAGUUCAACCACAUUUGAAAUCCACUAUUCAUCCAGAAUUGCUGACACAGGCAUGGUGCAAGUUUUAUGAGAUUUUGAAUAAUUUUGAGGUGGUGCCAGAUGUAUGUAGAAAAGGACAGCCUCUGAAUAGCAUACAUCUUUGCGAAGCACCAGGGGCUUUCAUUACUUCUUUGAAUCAUUAUUUGAGCACAAACUCUGAAUUACAGAAUGUCACGUGGGAUUGGCUGGCAGUGACCUUGAACCCGUACCACGAGCACAACUCAAGGUCACAGAUGAUAAACGACGACCGCCUCAUCUUCCACACUCUGCCCAAGUGGAACUUUGGAGCCGAUGGCACCGGCAACAUUCAAGAGGUUGACAACAUGAAGUUCAUUGUCGAGGACGCUCGACAAAAGUUUCCAAGCGGAGUUAUGCUGGUAACAUGCGACGGGAGCGUCGACUGCACACUGGAUCCAGCCGAACAGGAGUCGAUAGUUUCGCCGCUGUUCUAUUGCGAGGCGAUCACCGCCCUACACCUGUUGCAGGCCGGAGGCACAUUGGUGCUCAAACUGUUCACACUGUUCGAGUGCGAGACAAUCUGUCUGCUGUUCCUGCUGCACUGUUCGUUCGAGGCAGUCACACUCUACAAGCCGUUGACGAGCAAGGAUGGCAACUCGGAGGUGUAUCUGGUGUGUUGCGGGUACAGACCAACAGAAGCGCUGCGUCAAAUUAUGCCGCAGCUUACUUCUCACUAUGGUCCAAAAAUCACAGAGAAAUCGAUGUUCAGAAAAUGCGAUAUCCCAGUCGACUUCCUGACCGAUGUUUACCGAGCAGCCGAGUUUUUCCAGCAAGGGCAAACGAGUGCCAUUCGCUACAACAUUUCUAGCUUCAACCGCAUCUCGGGUCAUGAAAGGAGACAAUUGCAAGACCAACAGGACGAACUGGCUCACGACUUUGUCGAGUAUUACAAGCUCACAAAGUGUACCAAAGUAAUUGUUGGGAUUAAUAAAAUCAGGCAGGUGCCUGGUCUACCGUCGCAGAGAUUUGAGGACGGAUCCUACAAUGAAAACAAAGACCGUCUGUCAUCAAUGUCCACAUGGCUAAGUUACAUAAAGGACUACAUCACAAAAUACGAAUGUACCUGGCCAUCGACUAGCAAUGAAUUCACCUUCCCCACACUUCCUCACUUGUCCUACAAGUUUGGAAAACGGGUUGACGUUGUAAAUAGCUCCAAGUUCUGCACCAACAGCCUGCUCGAAACCUACAAUAAAAUCAAUAGUCUGUUAGAUAAAGGCUAUGUGGCCCAGGAGUGUUGUUGCAAGGCACCUUCAGAGGUUGAUGCAACAACAGUUGUUGAUGUCACCAAAGAUUAUUUGACUAUGGAAGUUUGGCGAGCCCAAAAACAGGCAACCGAAAAUAUUUUCCGAACCCUGUCAAGUAUGGAACAAGGAUCUACCCUGCAAUUAAUAGGACUCCCUCUGUUGACUCAGUGUGACGUCAGUCUAGUCUGGAUAGUGGGUCACUUCUUUGAAACGGUUACCUGUUUCUACCCAACUGACGCCAUCUAUAAGCUGCAGUUUGAAGGCUUCAACAGAGAGCGCUUUCAACAUACACAGGUGGAUGUUCUAGAUAAAAUGGGGAUGUCCAAUGAGAAUUGUGCUCUAUUAACCAUGUUUCCGAUCACACAGCUCUGCAGUGAUCGACGGUUGUAUAACUGUAUUGUGGCUAUGAACCACAUUUAUACUAAAGAUUACGUUCUCAGACAUAUCAAUUGCAUUCCCCACAACUAAGUUGCUGCGAGAUUUUUGUUGUUAAUUAUUCCAUUUCAGUAUAAUAUAUAAAUAAUGUAAAAAUUUUAAAUUUGUUGUCAGAGAUGUUGUGUAAAUGUUCAGUAAUGAAAUGAAAACACAAUAUAUGUUGGUUUCUAUAUAGUUUUAUUGACACAAGACUGAUGAUGAUUAUACAUUUGGGUCAAUUAAAUAAAAGCUAGCAAUUGCUAGUUCCUAGUAAUUUUCAAACAAAUGCUGGGAUCCGAGUCAUCUAUAUAAUAUUUUUGUAUAGCUGGAACCAAUGACUAUAGUGAGAGAGAGAGGUCAGUGUUUGAUUAGCAAUGGAAUUGCUAUCCUUGUCUAUUAUUCGACAAAGCGGAUAUCUCUAUCUCUUUCUCGCUUUGCUCGCAUUGCCAAAUCGUCUUUUAACAAUGUAAAAUUAAUAAUUAAUCAACAAAAUAUUUCAUCUUAAUUAUGAAAUUAUUGAAAAAUAUAAUUUCAUGCUUAAUAAAAUAUAAUUGAUUAUUUUAAACAAGAAUGAACAGUUAAUAUUACAUCAAUGAACCUGUAUCAGCUACCGUCUAUAGAAGGCAUUGUCAAGACAGAGGAUCGGCAACGUUUUUCUCCACUGCCAUUAUAACUUGGACCUCAUUUUAGUUGCUAGUCACUAUAGUGAGGUCCAUGUUAUAAUGGCAGUGGAUAAAGAUAGAAAAAUAGUGAUGCCGAUUCUCUGAAUUAAUUAAUUAUAUUUCUACACUGUCAGAAACUUAAUUGGCAUCGUUGUGGACCUAGAAAUGGAUAGUACCACCGGCUUUGUCGACAAGGAUAUCAAAACCAAAGUUGAUCAAAUACUGUCAUUAUAACGUGGACCUCACUAUAGAUUCUAUUUUUUAUUCAAUCGACCCAUUGAAUCUUAGGGUGAGAUCACAUCGGAUGUAUUUAUGUGUAAGUGCACGCUUGGUUAUUAUGUGUAAGUGCACGCUUGGUUAUGCAUGACCAAACGCGCAGAUGAGAAACAAACUAUGGAAACAUCAAUAGGAACACUCACACUGAACGCGUGCACUUGCUGGUUGCGUUCAGUGUGAGCAGCUCCCGACAAGUCACAACGUAUUUCAAUGGCUCUAUCCAGAUUUUGUUUUUCGGCUCUGACGUGCACUUGCAUAUAGACGCAUUCAAUGUGAUCAUACACUCUUAAGCUUCUUGUCAAUGAAACUACCUAUUCAUGUAGAAAUGCAACUUUUUGUGUUCUUAUUUCAGUACUUAAUGUAACUAGUGACCAGUUUCUAUUAUCUUGUGUAAAUAAUUAUUAGUUCUUGUAAAAUAGCGUGUGAAAAGUACUGUAUUGAUGUGAGAAUUUAAGUUAACUUCAGAUGAGAGAAAUUUUGAGAAAUGAUUGUUUGAAUAAUUUUAUUGGAUUUUUAUACCAUUUUAUUAUGAAUGUAGCUAAUGUUUUGAAUGUGAAGAAAUAUGUUUGUAUGAAUUUUUAUCGAAAAGAAUUGGAUGAUGGAUAAUAGAAACUCUGUAUUUAGUCUACACAUUGAAAACUUUCAACAAUAUUUUACUAAUCUUAUAAUAUGCUGGGCUAAAUUAAUGAAAACUCUAUAUCAAUUUAUCACAUUCCACAAUCACAAUAUUAAAUUAUUGAUUGGGAGAGAAUCAAAAGGAAAAACCCAAAACUGGUUCUCUCCCUAAUUUUGAUAAAAAUAGUCCAAAUGAGGUUAAGAAAACACAAAAAUUUCCAGUCCAAAUCUACAUUAUACUAAUCUGGGUUGAUCGGAAAGACGAAACAAUUACACUUGAAAAUGAGUCAACAGAUAUAUUAUUUAUAUUCAGUCUACAGAUUGAAAACUUUCAACCAUACUUUACUAAUAUGUAGUGUAUAAGAACUAUGAUGGAUAAACAGUAUUUUGUAAUGUAUUACCUUAAAGCACAAAGUGUUCAACCUUUCACAAAACCUAUGAAUGUGUUCAUAAUGUACCUUCCAAGAAUAAAUCUUGUAGUCGUUAUAGAAUCCAGCAUUGACGUUUUUCAAUUCACUUUACAACUCUUGACUAAUUUCCAUUCCUAGAGAACUCUGCACACAGACGUCUACUGCCUACUAAGGGAACGCGGAAUUGGAAGUGGCAUGUACAUUUGAGUUAUGGACAUUUCUAAUUCCGCGUUCCCAUAUUAGCUGGUGGCUGCUACCAUAGCCACCUCUAAUACAAGGCCGCGGCCUACGAUAUUGCAACAUCGCAGUGUAGGCCUAGAAUCUAAUUCAUGAUUGGUGAAAAAGAUCAGCUGGUAUUUUUUAAAAUCUUUUUUACCAAUUAUGUAUUAGAUUCUAGGCCUACACUGCGACGUUGCAAUAUCGUAGGCCGCGGCCUUGUAUUAGAGGUGGCUAUGCUGCUACUAAUGUCCCUGUGUGCAGUAUGCUACAUACAAGACUAAACUUUCUUCCAAUUGUCAGGUAGAAAGUUUUUUCCCUUCUAGAAACCUUAUUUGUACAGUUAAAGAGAUUCUGUCAUACGGAUGUCGUAUCUGUAAGUUUCUGAAUGAAUUUUGUUUUAUUGACAUCUACUAUUAACGUUGCUUAUAGCUUGAUUGUUCCAUGGCAAUAAAAUGUUAUUUAUUUGUUAUUAUUUGCAAAGAAUUCAGUUUCAGUAGGGCAAUAGGUAAUUGAGACAAUGUACGAAUUACCUUCAAGACAAUGUUCGAAAUACGAAUUGAUUGAGGCAAUGUUCGAAUUUAAUUGAGGAGGAGAUACCUUUGUGAAUUUUCUAAUGUAGUUAUGUUAUUUGAACGAAAUAUUUAUAUGUCAGGUAUGAAUAAGUUAGCAGCCAUACCAAUACAUAAUUUUAUAGUGAGAUUUUCUCCAAAUUGACAGAAUUCCCUAUAAAUAACAUCAAUCCUUCUCAACUCGAAUGAAUAGUAAUAAAAUAAAUUAAUUUCUAUAUAAAGCAGAUGUAUCGUCGUUUUAUCUAAAAUUAUAUUACCUUGAAUAGCUUUAAAAAGGAUGGAGAAGUUGAUUUAUUGACCAAAUUACUUGAUCUAUUCUUCUGAUUUUGUAUGUUGUUUGAAAAAUGGUAAAAGAAUUUGCAGUAUGGUAUCAGGAUAACUGAAUGUUUGAUGUACCUUAAUAUUGUCAUAAAUUGAUGUACCUUUAUAUUGUAAUAACUUCAAUAAAUGAUCAAUAACAUUGUGCAAGUUAUUUACGGUAACAAAUUCCCAAGGACUUGGAAUAAUCUUGAAAAGUAGUAAGUAUUUGUCAAA